GGGGGGGAAAUGGGGGGGAGGGGGGCUGACUCUAGAUCCUCAUCCUAAAAUGUAGAAAAACUUCUUUAUCAAACGAAGUUUUUCGCUCAGUAAAAUAUUUCUGCAUUUUUUACCUUCAGUAUUUUAGGUUAAUCUGCUCCAAUCUGUGUCUGAUCAUCGCAGCGCGGCGCAGGGCGCGUCAUGGAGAUGCUGCGGCGCUCCUCCGUGUUUGCGGCCGAGGUGUUUGACCGAUCCCCCACCGACAAGGAGCUGGUGUCCCAGGCUAAAGCUCUGUGCAGAGACUACAUCCACUCCAGGCUCCACCGCGCCGGGGUCGGCUGGUCCAAAGCUGAGCAGGGAAGCGCGGCGGCGGGGGGAAAGCUGGCGGAGGUGUCCGCGGUGGUCCAGUGGCUGGGCGAUGAGUUGGAGUACCUCCGCCCCAACGUCUACCGCAAUGUCGCUCGCCAGCUGAACAUCUCGGUGGCGAUAGAGGGCGUGGUGUCCGACGCCUUCAUGGCCAUCGCUGCAGACAUCUUCUCAACAGGCGUGACGUGGGGGAAGGUGGUCUCCUUGUACGCUGUGGCGGGAGCUCUGGCGGUGGACUGCGUACGCCAUGGUCAUCCAGCUAUGGUCCACACCAUCGUCGACUGCAUGGGGGAGUUCGUCCGCAAGAGUCUGACUCCAUGGUUGAAGAAGAGAGGCGGCUGGGCGGAUAUAACGAAGUGCGUGGUGAACACCAGCCCCCCCUUCUACUCCCACUGGUUGGUGUCUGCCGUCUUUGCCUUCGGACACUACCUGAAAGCUGUGGUGUUGUACCUCCUCAGGGAGAAGUGAAAGACUGAGUCACACUCUGGGUCUUCCAGCACGGUGUGCCAUAUCAGCCCCACAGGAGGAUCCACUGGAUGGGAUAAUGUUUACACUCUUCUGCACUGAGCCUCAGUCGACGGUCGCCUGACCUCGGCCGGCUUCGGCCCGUCUAUUUAUUGUUAGCUCUGCCUGCAUUAUGGCACACUGCUUUUAGAGUUUACACCAUCACACCUCGCACUGUGUGUAUUCCUCUAUAGGGGACUUGAUCUCCCCCUUGUGGCCAUCAAGGGUAAAUGCUUCACAUUUAUAUAUAUUUUUUUAAAUUCACACUUCAUCAUGGUGUCACUUCUUCAUGAGAUUACUCUCACUUUUCAGGCUUGAUUUAGUCAUUUCACAAGAGUGUGCAGAACUUUACUAGUGAGCUUUUUCUGUAUUUAUAGGAUUUGAAGGAAAGCGGUUAGCAGUUGUUCUGA